AUUCAAAGAUGUGCUUGGAACUCCAAUGGCGAAAACCUAAAUUUUAAUGGUGGUCAAUCUUGAUCUUAUUCCUCUGUUCUUCUUGUUCUUCCUGUAUUCGAUCGUCGAAAUACUCAUUACAAGAACAAUGGAGGAUUACAGACUGAUUCAAAUAGAAGAAGAAUUCGAAGAUGAAGAAGAAGAUUACGAGGGAGAAUAUGAGGAAGAGUUAAUUCCGGAAGGAAUCGUGUUUCCUAGAGAUAUAAAUUUAAUCAUAAACGAAGAGGAUGAAGAAGACUACGACGACGACGACGAUGAUGAAGAGGAUUAUGAGGAGGGAGAAGAAGGGGAGGAGUUGAUUCCGUUGGCCACGAUGUUGCCCGGUGGCUCAAUUGACGACGAGGAUUAUGAAGACGGAGAUGAGGACGAUGAGUAUUACGAAGAGGAAGAAGUGGAGGGGUUGAUUCCGAUGGAGAUGAUAUCACCUAGGGUUUCAAGUUCAAUUUCUCAUGGUAGAACGUUGCUAGGGGAGGUGGCGAUCAACAAUGGCUUGGUGGAUAAUUCGGAGUUAUUUGUAGGAAACCUGGGGAACCAAGAGAACGAUGGUGGUGAUGGAGGAAACCUAGAGUUCAAUAGAGGUGAGAUUGAUGGCUUAUUUUGCCCCAUUUGCUUUGAAGCUUGGACUAGCGGUGGAGACCAUCAAAUUUGUUGUCUUCCUUGUGGGCAUAUAUAUGGAUCAUCUUGUAUAAAGAAAUGGCUUCAACAACGUAGAAGUUCUGGCAAGUGCCCUCAGUGCAACAACUUAUGCACAUUGAAGGAUGUUAGAGUGCUUUAUGCAACUCGGCUUUGUGUAGCUGAUGAAGAGUUGCAGAAGAGAGUGCGGUCACUCGAAGCUAGAUGUUCUUAUCUUGAGCAGAAGGAUAAAUAUAAAGAGGACGACGGUUGGAGAGGUAAAUUUGAGACAUAUCUAGAGGAGUUCAAGGCACAUCGAAAAGAGUUUGUAGAACUCCGACAGGAGGUUGAGGCAUUUCGACAGGAGGUUGAGGCACAACUAGUGGCAUUGCGACAGGAGGUUGAGGCACAACUAGUGGCAUUUCGACAAGAGCACGAGGCAGUUCAACAAGAGUUUGUGGCACAUUGACAGGAAAGAAACCAACACCGACGUCGCCAUGCUUUUUGAGAUCCGGGAAGCGGCUCCAAUGGUCCCAUUUUGGAUGGUCUCGUCUUAUAUGUUGGAUUUCUUUUCUUAGAUGUUUGGUGAAUGAUCCUUUUUCCAGCUAUGAUUGUGUUUUGAUGUUGAUGCCACUGUUUUCUUUACCUGAAUGUAAAUUUACCUGAUGAUUAUCAGCAUCUCCUAACAA